UCGUUUCAAAACCUGAGCCUGAAAGAUUACUGGCAUUGUCACAGCACCAGCACCACCAUGGUUCUUGCUUUGUUGGUCAUUUCAACGGUUACUUGGUAUGCAUGGCUCUACUUCCUCAAACCCAAAGCCCAAAAGCUACCACCGGGUCCACCAGGCCUUCCUUUCCUCGGGAACCUUCUAUCCUUGGGCCCGGACCUUCAGUGUUACUUCACCGAAUUGGCCCAGAUCCACGGCCCAAUUUUUAAGCUCCGUCUCGGGAGCAAGCUCGGCAUCGUGUUGUCGUCACCUUCUGCGGUUCGCGAGGUGCUCAAAGACAACGACAUCGUUUUCGCGAACCGUGACGUUCCCGUCGCCGGUUGGGCAGCCACCUACGGUGGAUCCGACAUAGCAUGGGCCCCGUAUGGACCCGAAUGGCGUAUGCUGAGGAAAGUGUGUGUGCUGAAGAUGCUGAGCAACCACACCCUGAAUUCCGUUUACGAUCUCCGCAGGAAAGAGAUGCGCAAAACGAUGUCGUAUUUGUACAGUCGAGUGGGGUGUUCGGUGAACGUUGGGGAACAGGUGUUUCUGACGGUGAUGAACGUGAUAACGAAUAUGAUGUGGGGCGCAUCAGUGGAAGGAGCGGAGAGAGAAAGUUUGGGGGCGGAGUUUAGGGAGUUGGUGACGGAGAUGAUGGAGAUUUUGGGGAAGCCGAACCUGUCGGAUUUUUUCCCCGGUUUGGCCCGGUUCGAUUUGCAAGGGCUGGUGAAGCAUAUGCGUUCGUUGGUGCCCCGGUUCGACGGAAUAUUUGAGAAGAUGAUUGGUGAACGGGUGAAGAUGGAAGGGAAAGAGGAGAGGAAAGAAAGCAAAGAUUUUUUGCAGGUUUUGUUGAAAUUGAAGGAUGAAGGUGGCGGUUCCACCACACCACUCACCAUCGCACAUGUUAAGGCUCUCCUCAUGGACAUGGUUGUGGGUGGAACUGACACGUCCUCGAACACAAUUGAGUUUGCGAUGGCAGAAAUGAUGCACAAACCCGAGGUGAUGAAGAAAGUCCAAGAGGAGUUAGAAGCUGUUGUUGGGAAAGACAGCAUGGUCGAAGAGUUUCACAUUCAUAAGUUGCCUUACUUGCUAGCUGUGAUGAAAGAAACUCUUCGGUUGCACCCUGUGCUUCCACUUCUAGUACCUCACAGCCCUAGUGAAACCACCACUGUGGGAGGCUAUACAAUCCCAAAGGGAUCUCGGGUAUUCGUGAAUGUGUGGGCCAUUCAUAGAGACCCUUCAAUUUGGGAGAAACCACUUGAAUUUGAUCCUACAAGAUUUUUGGAUGCUAAAUUUGAUUUCAGUGGGAAUGAUUUCAACUAUUUUCCCUUUGGGUCUGGACGAAGAAUUUGUGCUGGAUUAGCAAUGGCAGAGAGGACAGUUUUAUAUUUCCUCGCCACACUUGUGAACUUAUUUGAUUGGACCAUACCCAAAGGAGAAAAGCUUGAUGUGUCCGACAAAUAUAGCAUUAUUCUCAAAAAGAGCAAACCUCUCGUUGCUAUUCCCACCCCUCGAAUGUCCAACCCAGAUUUUUAUAAAGAGAAUUAA